AUGACCGAAGUCUCCCGCCGCUCCGCCCGCGCCUGCGACGAAUGCCGCCGCCUCAAGGAGAAAUGCGAAGGGGGGAUCCCCUGCCGCCGUUGCGCCCACUUCCGCCGCCCCUGCGAGUCUAAGGCCCUCGCCUCGCGCGCCCGCGAUUUCCGCGUCUAUGUGCCCCGCACCCGUCCCGCCCGACCGGACGUCCAGGAGCUGAUGGACCGGUGCAAGUACAUGGAGCAGAUCCUCAAGCACACCAUCGAAGGCAUUGCCCUCGACACGAAGAGUCUCGCCAAGAUGGCUGAGUCGCUGUCCACAAGCCAAAGCUCAGACCCCCCCAAGGCGUCCAGUCCGGCCGAUCUGGCCAUCGAGGACGAAGGGUGUACCAUUGACCCCGUCGGCGAUACGACGACACACUUCUCGGGCGAGUUCUCAUACUGGAACUUCUCGAUGCGCAUCAAGCAGCGCCUGCAGAGUCGCACGCGCACGCAGAGCCCGGACCGGGUGUCGGGCUACUGGCGGGCCCAGCAGCUCAAGACGAACGAGCAUCUGUCGGCGGCGCUGGCCUGCUUCCCCCCGCGGCCCAUCACGGGCUUCCUGGUGCGCACGUUUCUGAAAUACGCGGCCACGCACUGGUUCCUGGUGGACGAGAACUGGCUGCUGCACCGCGUGCACCUGCUGUACACCGAUCCGGCCUGCCUGGGCGACAAGGCGGCCGCCGUCACCAGCAUCCUGCUCUCCGUCCUGGCCAUCGGCACGCAGUACGCCCAUCUCGAGUCCCCCCGCGGCCGACCGCCCCAUGCGCCGCCCGUCACCUUCGCCGAGGAGGACGUGGGCGUGCGCUUCUACGAGCAGUCCAUCCGCCUGCUGCCGGAGAUCAUCGAGCUGGCGUGCCUCGAGAGCGUGCAGGCGUGCCUGCUGCUGGGCUUCUACGCCCUGCCCGUGGACGCCUCGGGGCUGGGCUACAUCUACGUGAACCUGGCGGUGCGCCUGGCGAUGCAGAAUGGCAUGCAUCGAAAGUGCCACCGCGACGCCUUCCCGCCGGUGAUGACGGAGACCCGCAACCGGGUGUGGUGGACGGUCUAUUCGUUGGAAAGAUUGAUCGCCAUCUUCCAUGGUCGCCCCCUGUCCGUCCGGCGAGGCGAUGUCGACGCCGACCUGCCCCGAGAUCGCGAGGACAUGGCCCAGACGCAGUCCGCGUGGAGCACGCAGUGUGCGGUCAUCUCCUUCGAGAUGCUCGACCUGCUGGAGGACUUCUUCCAUGACAUAUCCCGCCUGCGACAUGCCUCCCCGGAGGACCUGGCCGUGGUGCUGUCCCGGCUGGUGGCGCGCAAGCAGACCUGGACGCGGUGGUGGGGGGGCAUCCCCGAGGACAUCCGCAACCCCACGCAGCCCUGGCAGCAGGAUCGAGGGGCCCUGCACCUGCGGCUGGAGGCCUGCCUGGUGCGCAUGUUCAUCGGGCGACCCUUUCUCCUGCGACAGGAGACGCCCCCGACCUCAUCCGCGUCGUCCCCCCCCCUCUCAGGGCCGGCUCCCCCGGCCCCGGCCACGGACCUGCACCCGUCCGACCGGGACAGCCUCAUCGCCGACUGCAUCCAUGCCGCGCAGGAGGCGCUGGAGAUCUGCCGGCGCCUGCGGGACCACGGGCCGGGACUGGCACGCGCCUCGUACCUGGAGUACAGCGCGUGCCGGGCGGCGCUGCUGGUGCUGAUCGCCUACUCGGUGCAGAGCCUGUCGGACGCCCUGCGGCAGCCGAUGCAGGACGGGCUGGCGCUGCUGCGCGAGAUGUCGGCGGCGGGCGACUCGGCGCGCUCGGAGGUGUCGCUGCUGGAGGCGCUGGAGCGCUCCCUGGCCCGCCUGCAGACGGUGACCCGCCGGGCGGACCAGGCGGCCCCGGCCAGCCCCCUGGUGUCCGACUACGACACCUUCCGGCACUGGGGGUCGCUGUGCGCCGGCUCGUCGCCCGCGGCGGGGCGUCCGACGCCGCAUCCGGGGGCGUCGGCGGGCGAGGCGGGCGAGUGGACGGGGACGGGGACGGGGACGGGGACGGGGACGGGGAUGGGGACAGGGCCGGGGCUGGAGGAGCCCGUGGGGAUCGAUCCGUCGGCGCUGGAACUCUCCAUCUUCGGGACGACGGGCUGGUCGCCGUCGGCCAGUUGGCCCACGCGCACGGAGACGCAGGUGCUGGAGGAGUUUCUGGCCGGGUCGGGGCUGGAUCCCCUGUGGAACCCGGUUGCUCUGCCGUGA